CCAAAAUAUAAAGAAACCCAAGAGACCAAAAUAUCAAAUUAAAUCUUCUAUAUUGCUCUCUCGUUUGUAGCUCCUCAUCAUGGGAACUUUACAAGUCGAAACUUCUAAUUGCACCACCAUCGCCAACCACCAUGACUCGAAAGAGCGUGGCCUCGUCAAUGGUGAAGAUGAUGACGAGUCGCCAAUUGAAGAAGUCCGGCUAACCGUCUCUAAUUCCGACGAUCCGACCCUACCUGUAUGGACAUUCCGGAUGUGGUUCUUGGGCCUAUUAUCAUGUGGGCUACUAUCAUUUCUCAAUCAAUUCUUCUCCUACCGGACUGAGCCACUUGUCAUCACACAGAUAACUGUUCUAGUUUCCACUCUCCCCAUUGGCCACUUCUUGGCUGCCACACUGCCUACCACCAAGUUCCGGAUUCCAGGGUUCGGAUCCAGAUUGUUUUCUCUGAACCCUGGUCCGUUUAACUUGAAGGAGCAUGUACUGAUAUCUAUAUUUGCUAAUGCUGGAAGUGCUUUUGGUAAUGGCUCGGCUUAUGCCGUCGGAAUUGUUACCAUUAUUAAGGCUUUUUAUCGCCGGAAAAUAUCGUUCUUGGCCGGUUGGUUGCUUAUCAUUACCACUCAGGUAUUGGGAUAUGGUUGGGCAGGGCUCUUGAGAAAAUAUGUAGUUGAGCCGGCUCACAUGUGGUGGCCAAGUACUCUUGUCCAGGUCUCACUUUUUCGAGCGUUGCACGAAAAAGACGAGCAGCGAAUGUCAAGAGCGAAGUUUUUCCUUAUUGCACUAAUUUGCAGCUUUUCUUGGUACUUAGUCCCGGGAUUCCUCUUCCCAACUGUCACAAGCAUCUCAUGGAUCUGCUGGGCUUUCUCCAAGUCCGUGACGGCCCAACAGCUUGGAUCGGGCAUGCGAGGCCUUGGAGUCGGGGCCUUAACAUUAGAUUGGUCUGCUGUAGCAUCCUUUUUGUUCAGUCCACUCAUAUGUCCCUUCUUUGCCAUUCUCAAUGUCUUUGCAGGGUAUUUUCUGAUCAUCUACAUUGUACUCCCUAUAUCUUAUUGGGGAGUCGACUUAUAUGGUGCUCGGAGAUUUCCCAUUUUCUCCUCACACUUGUUCACUGCUGAGGGUCAGACUUAUAAUAUAACAGCAAUUGUUAAUGAUCGGUUCGAGUUGGAUUUGAAUAGCUAUGAACAACAAGGACGGAUACAUCUAAGCAUGUUCUUUGCCUUGACAUAUGGUUUUGGUUUCGCUACUAUUGCCGCCACUUUGACACACGUUACCUGCUUCUACGGAAGAGAAAUCUAUGAAAGAUACCGUGCUUCGUACAAGGAAAAAGAAGAUAUCCAUACGAGACUUAUGCGAAGAUACAAGGACAUACCUUCGACGUGGUUUUAUAUAUUGCUUGGAGUGACACUUGCAGUCUCGUUAGUACUCUGCAUCAUCUUGAACAAGCAAGUUCAGAUGCCAUGGUGGGGACUCAUUUUUGCUAGUGCCAUGGCCUUUAUCUUCACACUUCCAAUCAGCAUUAUUACUGCCACAACAAAUCAGACACCAGGCUUGAACAUAAUCACAGAGUAUGUUAUGGGUAUCAUAUACCCGGGAAGACCAAUCGCUAAUGUGUGCUUCAAAACCUACGGCUACAUGAGCAUGGCCCAGGCUGUCUCUUUCCUCAGCGAUUUCAAGCUUGGUCACUACAUGAAGAUCCCUCCCAGAUCAAUGUUCAUAGUUCAGUUCAUUGGAACAAUUUUUGCGGGAACUAUCAACAUUGCUGUUGCGUGGUGGCUGCUCAACUCCAUUGAGAAUAUAUGCCAGGACGAGCUCCUUCCACCAGAUAGUCCAUGGACAUGCCCUGGAGAUAGGGUCUUCUUUGAUGCAUCAGUCAUAUGGGGAUUGGUCGGACCGAAAAGAAUUUUUGGAAGUCUCGGAAAUUAUAGUUCCAUGAAUUGGUUCUUUCUUAUGGGUGCAGUUGGACCUGUCCUAGUUUGGUUCUUACACAAGGCAUUCCCAAAACAAUCUUGGAUUCCUCUUAUUAACCUUCCGGUCCUUCUCGGGGCGACAAAUGCCAUGCCACCAGCAACACCAUUGAAUUACAAUGCCUGGAUUAUCGUUGGAACGAUUUUCAACUUUUUCGUCUUCCGUUAUCGGAAGCAGUGGUGGCAAAGGUACAAUUACAUUCUUUCAGCAGCUCUAGAUGCCGGGGUCGCUUUCAUGGCCGUGCUACUCUAUUUCUCUGUCGGGAUGGAGAAUAGAGGGUUAACUUGGUGGGGCACGGACGGGGAACACUGCGAGUUAGCAACUUGUCCAACAGCUAAAGGAAUAUCAGUUGAUGGUUGUCCAGUGAACUGAUAUAUUGUGCAUGUACUUCGCACAUUUCAGGUUCAACUUCCAUAAUGAUUUCUCCCACUGCUGUUUCCUAUUAGUAUACUCAAGAAUUACACCAAGAGAUUCAACAAGAAAGCUGUGUAAAUUCUGAAUUCAAUAGAACUCUGUUCGAAGAAAGUGAAUUUGUAUUUGACUCUUCUAUACAGUCAUUUUAUAGUUGAACUUC